AUGCCGAAUGUCACUGCGCUCUUUCAAACUAUCCUUACCAACUGGGGGCCACUAACGACCACCUGGACUGCCCCAGCCCAUUGUGCCACCGAAUCUCCCCUCAUCAACAUCUAUAGUUCAGCAGAUCUGCCUGCUUGGGGGUGGUAUGCCCAAUGCUCGGUCGCGGUAUAUGACUGUGUGCCAACAGCCACGCACACAGCCGCACCAACAGUCACACUGUCAUCGACUGCCGGCCAUGCGAAAAUCGCGUAUUAUUCACCGGGACUCUACUGCCCCUCAGGCUAUGCCACGGUCGGGAUUGCCUCCCGGGAUGGAGACAAGCCAGUGAAUGCCACCGGGACCCUGAUGUCCCCCAGUACCACGUCUACUGAGCCACCGUCAUAUAACAAUCCAGUAAACCUCAUGGUGCAGGCUCUUGAUCCAAGUACUAUCUCUCAUUUCUCUACUGGUUUCAUCUUUGUUUUGGAGAAUUUGGACUUCUGCGAUCAAAAGCUGACUCCCCAUAGCUCUAUGACUGCCCAUACCGAAUUUCAGUGCUACUCCACCCUCACGGAUUACAAGCCAACAACCGGAUGUCGGAGACAGGCACGAGCUGCCGACUAUACCCGUGUUCCAGCAACAUACUUGUAUGAUGGGUCCACCGUCAGCGGUUACAUGUUCUCUCGUAUAUCUGACUCUCCCAUCACUACCGUAACAACGACAUAUGAUGCCAGUGAGACUUCCGACCUUCGGGCCAUCACUCAAGAUAGUCUUAUUGUUCUUAUACACAAGCCAUCUGAUCUGAAGUCCUCUGAUCUUGAAUCCGAUGGUCCCAAAUCUACAGGGGCAAGCACCACAUCCAAUGCCGCAGCGAGAUUGAAUUUGAAGUCAACUACGUGGAAUGGCCUGGGCACUGUUCUUGGAGUCUCCGCUCUUGGUAUGACUAUUGGGGCUGCUAUUAUGGUUCCAUUUUGA